CCCGAUACUCACAUCUACUAUUGUACCUAGUAGAAAAUCUUGCUUGUUCCCUAUCUUCCAACAAACACCAAGAUGGCGAAAGCACUAUCGUUGCCAUCCGUUUCGCUCCUAGCGGUCGUGGCGGCAGCAUUUCUCGGCGAUGCGGUCCACGCCAUCGAGUACUUUGCCCCCGACUGGAUCAUCCCGCAAAACAUUGGACAAGCCUACCCUCCGAUGACGGUGAGCGCCGGUGACACCCUCACCUUUGCCUGGUCGCAGGGGACGCACGAUGUAUGGAUCUACCCCAGCGGCAGCUGCGAUCCAUCGGGGGGCAUACAGAUCGGCGGCACCCAGGACAAUCCCACCACCUACUCCUUUUCGGAGGCGGACGCGGGACAGGUUCUCAACUUUGUCUGCGCCGUGGGCAGCCACUGCGCGCUGGGCAUGCAGAUGGCCGUGACCGUUUUGGCGGCCGAGGACGUCGUUGAGGACGAUGCCGUUGAGGACGAUGCCUUUUAUGCCGUUGAGGACGUCGUCGAGGACGUUGUCGAGGAGAACGAGGUGGCCGACGCGACCGAUCCACCGGGCGAGGAAGAAGACGACGCGGAGCCCGAAAUCACCGCUGGCAUGUUCGGUGUCUGCAACGUUUGCGGGGACCCCGAGGCGCAGAUCACCAACCCCGGCUUUGUCGUUUCCCUGCCGAACCCCAACCCCAACGCCCCAACCUUCGACGUCACCUGCGCCGAACUCUACCAGGACGGAUUGGACGGGAUCAUCCCCGACGACUCCUGUACCUUCAUCAGUCAGUUUGCGAACAUUCCCUGCGGUUGCACCCCCACCGACUUCACCUGCAACAUCUGCGGGUCCGACGAGAACCUGGCGGUCUUUAGUCCCGACACGGAGAUCACCCUUCCCUCCAAUCCCACCGACGGCAUCGUUGUCACCACGUGCGGCGAAUUCUUCGAGUCCGGACAGAGCGGCGAGCUGUCCCCGGCCCAGUGCCAGGCCGCCCCGUCUUUUGCCUUCAUUCAGUGCGAGUGUGCCCCCGCCAACUUCACCUGUGGUGUUUGCGCCGACGGCUUCAAGGUCAACAGCCCCGACGAGGAGAUUCUCACCCCGACCGGAGAAAUCGGCACCUGCGGCGGUCUCGAAGCCCAGGGACUCGCCGGAGAACUGGGACCCAAUGCCUGCCUGGCCAUCCAGGACUUUACCAUCGCCACCAACGCCUGCAACUGCGUCCCCGAAGAAGGAUACGAACCCUGCUACAUCUGCGGGGACAACACGACCCAGCCCCUAACUCCCGAGGUCAACCUCACCUUCACGCAGUUCCAGGUCGAUUCCUGCGGCGCCCUCUACGAAGACGGCCUCAACAGCAACCUGUCGCCCCUGCAGUGCGGUGCCAUCCAGGCUCAGGCCGGGGCCUGCAACUGCGCCCCGGUCGACUUCACCUGCAACGUCUGCGGCGGGAACGGAACCGACGUUUUCAUGAGGGCACCCGACGUUAACUUUACGGUGCCCGGGAUCGGCCUCCUGGUCAACUGCGGGGAACUGGACAUGGCCGGGAUCGAUGGAAGCAUCACCCCCAACGACUGCGCGGCGAUCUCCCCCGCCGUCCAGGCCAACUGCGGGUGCACCCCCGUCGACUACACCUGCAACAUCUGCGGGGACGACUCGGGCAUGUCGGUGACCGACGGAACCGCCACCUUUGUCCCCCAGAACCCCGACAUCACCUGCGCCUCGGCCGAGGCGGCGGGCCUGGCCGGGGAGCUGGACCCCAACACCUGUACCUUCUACCAGAUCCUCGCGGAGCAGUCCUGCGGCUGCCUCGUCGGCGGAACCAUCGCCCCUACCACUGCCGGGCCGACCCCCUCGGCCAGCACCGUGCCCCAGGAGGCCACCACGGUAGAUCCAAUGGUGGAGGCGACCACCGUGGCCCCCGUCGUCUCCCCGGUGGCGGCGAUGGACGACGGAGAUUCUUCCGUGAACACCACGGUGGCACCAGUCGCCGCACCCGUCGCCGCACCCGUUGCGGCUCCCGUGGCCGCGGUGCCCGCCGACGAUGCGCCCGUUGCGGUGCCCGUGGAAUCCUUCACCCCGGGAAGCGUCGACGGCGUGACGGGAGCCAGCCAGGUGGCGUCGGACGCGGCGGUGCUCGGAGCGGGGGCGGCGAUCCAUGCAUUGCUGGUGGCGACGGUUGUGGCCCUCGUUGCGUAAACGGGCGAUGCCGCGGCCGAUUCUCCUCCUCAUUGUACCACUACCAAACAGUCUGUUCUUGAUGUUCACGAAAAAAGAAUUGGAAGCCACGUGAAGUCAGGCAGAGACUAGAUCAAGCUUGGGAUCUAUCUGUGUCUGAUGCUUGCAUCACAAAAAAACGUAAAAAUCGAACGAUGAAAAAAGUUCAUGUGUCUAAAGAAAAUAACAAAAAAAUCAUCCACGAAUCUGAUAUAGAUGCCGACUUUUACUCGUAAACAUAUCAUUUUUGAGUCAAUGCCAAGUUGUACCUGGACUUUUGUAUGGAAUAUGCAUUCGAUGCAUAGAUGCUAACAGCACAUCAUAACAAAUUUCGUUUUUUUUUUUCGAGGGCAAGAAACCAAAUAAGAGCAGAUACAAUGGGAUUCUUGGUGUCCAAAUCAAUCUGAAGCAACCAUUCAACAGCUUUCUUCAAUAUAAUCUCCUCAGUAAGAAAGAUCACCCCUCGUCUUCCAGUAUGCACACAUAACCUAAAUUCAUUGGAGCUAUAGAGCUAGACAUAUUCAACACACAUUCAUAGGAAACAAAAACGCAAGGUGCUUUUCUUAUCGUGAUUGAAGAUUAGGUAUAACAUAUUAGUAUACUGCUACGACAAGCCGCUCUACCCCCGGGCUCAUCGGUUAGUUCGGUGUGAAAGGCACGUCCUCCUCCGAAUACAGUACAUCAUACCACGACAUGGACACAGUAUCAAAUGGGUUGCCAUCGCAUGCUUGUUUUGURUUUGCGAUGGGCAACGGUCGUGGCUUAUUCAUAGUUGYGUUURCAGUCUCGUGCAUGCAUGCCGCAAAUCGCUAGCAGCAUGGCCGACUUGUGCAUCAAACACCGCGGUUGGCAUCGGUGUCGCCGCGUCCCGGCCUUCGUGCGAUCAAUCGAGCGACGAAAAGAAAGAAAGGACCUCCGCGUGAACCGAGGGCUGCCUCGGGAGCAAGAGGUCGACGUCUUCGACCGUUGCCGAUAGCUGUUUUGYGGCCGACACGGACAGCGGGGGAGUCGCCGGAGUCACGAACACCGGGUAGGAGGGGGCGAUCUUAGCGGGCGCRUGUACGAGGGCCCGAUCGUUUGCGUUCCCUACCGCAGCACGGUUGGCGGAGGACGAAACGAACGAACCGUUUGCGGGAGGAGCGCACGAGGCAAGAAAGGAUCGAAUCAUGGUGUAGCUUGUUGUACGGCGUUGAUGCUGGUAAUUAUCGCUAGCUCUUUGCGAUCGCGGCACCGUUUUGCGUUUCCUUGCUUGAGUGUGGUUCCGGCUUCCGUAUCUCGAUCUUUAGAAUGCAAUCAUAAAAAUCGAAAAACGAUGUCAACAUGAGAGAAAAAGAAAAAAGAAAAAGAAACAAGCACCAAAAAAAUGAUUCGUGACGUGCAAAUUCCAUCCCGACACGUCGCCAAACGUUCAGUACGUAAAGAACUACAGUAACUCGUAGUACGGUACGGGAUGAAAAAACAAUGCUGGUGUGCAGAUUGGAUGAAAGCAUGCACGGCACGGGGAGGUGCGAUAGCAUCACGAACGUUAAUUUUACUGUUUCAGUCCAUGUUGUUCGACGAUUUCACCAAUGACAAUGACCCAGAUCCAUGACUAAAACUGGAUUCGUUCGUGGCACGUGCCCGGAUGGAUGUGGCUCAUCUUUUUGGUCGUUCCUCCCCAAUUCUCCGCUCAACAACGUCAAGAAACAGCAAUACCAGUUGCAAUGCACCUCGGGUCGCAAAUCAAUUGCACUUGCUGUGCCGAAAUCCGGAACCGAAGACUACCCACGCCUGAUACGAACACAAAAGUUACCCACGGGUGAAAGUUUGGUCCAAUCGCAGAAGAGUCCCUCGUCAAAAAGAAAUCAAUGUGCUACCGUUGAAUAACCUGAAAUCUACGCUACGCUGAGAGAGGUCGGGAAGGUGGCCGUUCGAGGCUACAAUCCAAAGUCCCAUUCGGUGAACACCAUGGACCAAGGCGGUAGUGACGAAGAGUCGCAAAUUUGAUGCGAUGGCCAAAGUCUGACCGGGUGGCUGGGCCGCUGGGAACCCAUAUUGUCUAGCAGUUGGCGAGGACGAGGUGCUGGUUAGGUAAGCACCGAAACAACACAUCUGGUAUGGUGCUGCCGAUCCAGUUGCUCGGUUUUCCGAAGCGGUGUACAUCGUCGCUUGAAAGCGCAGGAAUCAUGGAGGGUUGACGGGACCAUGGAUCGAGCCAAUGCUAGGACGGGAGGCAAAUCUAAUCGAAAAGGACGGACCCAUUCUGGGAAAGGGUUGUGGCCUCUUUUUUGCUGGUAGACACKAAAGAAGCGAUGGAGACACCACGAGUAUGCUCGAAGGAAACGGAGAAWCCGUCCUGGAAUUUCAGUCACUGCGAAAACGCAAUAGCCUUAGAUAGUUCAAAAGCAGACUUUACGCGUAGCACAAAAACAGCAUUAAAUAAUGCCAGUAGCACAACAGAUCAGCGGCUACUUAAUUUGAAUCUCUUUUUGAGUCUAAUCGAAUGUUCUAGUCUUACUUUGGCCCAUAAAAUUGGAACCACAGCCAAACRAAUAAGUAGUGCACAUGCCC